GGAAGGAAAAGCAAAGCAAGCCAAAUCCUCGAAAGUAUAUCACACGUUGUUUUAGCACAAAAACAAGCCGAAAACCUCACACUUCUUCGCUCCGUUAACUCGACUUUUCCCUCUCGCUAUCUCUCUCGUCUUCUGAAUCACGCUGUAACCCUCUUUCUUCUCAGAUCUUCGUCGUAGCCCUCUUUCUUGGACGUCAAUGCCGGCCAAGGAUCGUUGGCAUGCAGAAGAGCGGUGAGAUGUCGGGCGGAGGGGAGGUCGCCGGCCCGCCGCAGAUUGUGCGGGUGAAGAGGGAGGUGUUGGUGGCUUGCAUGACGUGCCCUCUCUGCAAAAAGCUUAUCCGGGAUGCGACCACCAUCUCCGAGUGUCUCCAUACGUUUUGCAGGAAAUGUAUUUUUGAUAAACUAAACGAUGAAGAGGAAGAAUCCUGUCCUAUAUGCCAUAUUGAUCUGGGUUGUGUUCCGGUAGAGAAGCUGAGGGCUGAUCACAACCUAGAAGAUAUAAGAGCUAAGAUUUUUCCCUACAAAAAGAGAAAGGUUAAUGGUCCAGAAGUUGUCCAAUCCAUUACAUUGCCUGUUAGAAGAAAGGAAAGGUCAUUAUCUUCAUUAGGCGUCAUUACUCCUCGAAUAGGAGUUCAGUCAAGCUUGACAGGAAGGAGAACAAAAGCAGUUGCCAGAAGGGCAUCCGCAACUAGGGGACCGAGUCCACUUAUUGGCGAGCAUAAGAAGAAAGAAGAUGAUAAUGAUGGUGUGGUGGAGUCCAGCCCACCAGAAAACUUAGUCAAAAUGGCUCAUAGUAGAAGGCAGUCAUGUGCAGAAGCGUCAAGCUAUUUAUGUAAUGAAGAUGCCGAGAAUGACACAGAAAUCUGUAUGUAUAAAUCUGAGUUAUGGAAACCCUUGAACUGUCUUGUAGAAGCUGCAAAUAGGACGAAGGGUUUCAAGUGCAGUUCUCAAAGUACUGCUAUUAAGGCAGAUCAAACAAAUAGCAUUGAAAAUGAAAAUCGUAAGUACAGAACAAAGGUUCGGGAACAACCAAGUAAUUUAAAAAUUCAAGAUUAUGAGAAUGGCCAUGUUUCAACGUCUCCAGUAAUGGCCAAAGCUAGAAGGAUGAAUGGUGUUAGUCGUAAGAGGAAGGGGCAUGGUCCUUCAGCUCAAGCAGUGCUUGAUGCUUCAGAUGCUGCAUGUGAAAGGAGGAUCUGCCCAGUCUGGCUUUCAUUGCUUUCAUCACCCAACAAAAAUGGCGAUACACCAUUGCCUCAAAUACCAGCAUCAUAUCUAAGAAUUAUGGAAGGCAAUCUUCCUGUUUCUUUCCUCCAGAAAUACCUCGUUAUGAAGCUUAACCUUGCAAGUGAGGCAGAGGUGGAAAUUGCUUGCGGAGGCGAGCUGGUGAGUCCAACAUUAUCCUUAAAUGACCUGACAGAGCAGUGGCUCCGCCAUGGACCUUCUCAAAGGGUGCAGGCUUCAGUCGGCUCUUCAGCCAAGGACUUUGUAAUGGUUCUGACAUAUAGCCGCAAGACAAUGUCACCUUGAGCUUUGUUAUAAGCAUAUACAGGUUUGUCUUUUUCCUCUCUUCUUCCCCAGCCUUCUCCAUUUGAUUUCUUCAUCUUCUCCUUUUUCUUUUCAAAGGCCUGAUUAAAGACUUCCUCUUCACUUUCAUUUAACAAUUUUAAGUAAAAUAGUUGAAUCCUUCCUCAUGUAUAUAUUAGUUUUCACAUUUCAUAUUGCAUUUAAGUUUGUAAUAUAAUGUCAUUAUAGUGCAUUUGUGAUUCAUCAUUAAUAAAUCUUCCUUGUUAAUUUCCAA